AUGAACGGCGCGUCACAGAGGACUUCGCUCAAGGCGGAGGUGACGGCUGUAGAGAGCGGCAGCGAUCGGACAAAGCAGAUGAGGUCGGCAGUGCGCGGUACUCGUAUAGGUCACAAGAAGUCGCGGAAUGGAUGUCAGCAGUGUAAGAAACGGCGCGUCAAGUGCGAUGAGAACCGCCCGUGUCGUAACUGCGUGCGACACGAGGUCCAGUGCAGUCUCGUCCUAACGCCAUUCGCGCCUCAUCUGCCGCCAGUUCGCGAGUCGCCCAAGCCAUCCCUGGAGCCCGCGAACACGGCGACUCCUGGCAGUGUUGGGGAAGCCUCGACAGCCAGCCGCCCGGAAAGCCGGCCUGGGAGAUCUUCGCCGCAGGUCUCAUCGUUGAAGGACAAGGUUGCCGCGAUCCAGGGCCUGCUGUCCGAAUUCUCAGCUGAGGUGGAUGCUCUGCAUCACAGCGACCGCAAUAGCUUCACCGAGUCAGCCUAUGACUCGACUCGGGGCGAUUUUCGAGAUACUCAGAGUAUCCCAAGGGCCGACUGGAUGGUUGACAUGCAGCUCGUCCACCAUUUCACCUCAGAUACGGCACAUACCCUCUCCGAGAACCCAGACUUUGUGCAUCUCUGGACGACAACUGUGCCGCAAAUCGCCUUUACCAACGACUUCCUCCUCCAUGGUCUCCUGGCCGUAGCAGCCAUCCACAUCGCCCACUGCAGCCCCGAAAAGAAGGACGAAUACGCUACCAUAUCGGCUCGCCAUCAAAACGUCGCCCUCAGCAAGUUCUCGCCUGGGUUGGCCGAGAUUGGCGAGAAGAACGCCGAUGCAUACGUACUACAUGCUGUAUGCAUCUUUCUUCUCAAUACCUACUCCAUCGCCAACCCGAACGGCCCCAUCACCUCCAAGGACGUUGCUCAGUCCUUCAUUCUGCUGCAGGGGAUCAAGAGCAUCCUCACUCUCCCGUUCGCCCACCGAUAUAUCUCCAACGGGCCACUGGCACGUUGGCUUUACCAAGGCGGCGUUGAGCCCGCCGUAGGAGGCAACUAUUCUUCCAAGAUUGACGACCUUCUCAACCUCACACGCAGCAUGGCGCCCUCGGACGAUACCACGACCUGCCAGUCAGCCCUCGAGGGCCUCAAGAUCACUUUCGCGGCAGUCUCCACGCCCCAGCACAGAUCCGGUCUAGUCUGGCGAUGGGCUGUCUCCCUCCCCCAGUCCUUCCUCGAGAUGAUCAGCCAGAAUCACCCAAUGGCUCUCGUCAUUCUUAUGUAUUAUGCAGCGCUGGUUCAUGCAUCCGAGCGGAACAUGUGGUAUCUCGUCGGCUGGGGUAAUAACGUAGCCUCUGCCUUGGAUAAGGCCAUCCAGGAGCCGUGGAGGGAGUGGAUCCAGUGGCCAUUGAGGUGCAUUCGUGAGGGCACUGACAUCCGGAAAGCCGAGCCGUUCAAGGCUGUGCCGGUUGAAAGCCUCCCAAGACCGCAGCUCCCCACCGUCAACUUCAAGAUGGACUUUUUUAAACCAGGCGAGCCGCCUUCGUGA